AUGAGAUCAAGGGGUUUAGAUAAAAAGUAAUUAAAAGUAUUAAUAUAUUUAUCAAUAGUUGUGGUAUAACUAUGUUUAAAAAUGUGUGAACAAUUGGAAUUAUAAAAUUGAGAAGCAGGUUUAAGAUUUCAUCUCAUAAAAUCAGCUUCUUGAAAGUAAAAAUGAGCUUACUACAUUUUAAAAAGAAAUAAUUAAACUGUCAAUUUAAGUUGGGCAUAAGUAAUUAUAAAAAUAUUUAAAAUUAUAUUUCUUUCAAACCCCUCAUAAUUCUUGCUCGUCAUUUGUUACUAAUAAUGAUAAUGAGAAUUUCAAAAUAAGCUUAAAAAAUACAAAUGUAAAAAGAAAUUUCUAAGAUUUUGCAAAGGUAUUAUUAAUAAUUUCAUACUAGAAAUAAAUUAUUGAUGGUUCUUUGUCUUUAAACUAUAUUGAUUCAGACGAUGAUGAUCAACCUGAAUUCUUAUAAUCCAACCUAAACAAAUCAUUUAAUUUUUCACAUCCUAUUUCACUAACCAAUAUACCAACCUAAAAUUAAAAAAAUAAUCCUAAAAAGCCUCAGUUUUAAAAACAAGCUUCCUCCAAAUUUAGCAAGCAAACUUAUUGGGUUAUACCAGAAAAUAUGUUUGAAAGUGUUGAGUCUUAAAGGGAUAUUUCUUGUUAAUUUAAGGGGGUUGUUAAUCGUCCUAUUUAAAAUUUAAAUGAAAAAAAAUUUAUUUAAGCGCCGAUAGUAUAAAUUUAUGGGUUGAUUCAUCAUCUCAGUGAAAAUCUUCCUUUAUUAAAAUAAACUGAGAUUGGAGAUUCAAUGAAAAGAAAAAAAGAUUAGUUAAAUCCUUACCUCAAAGAAUUUAUUGAUUAUAUUUCUUAGACAUUUAGCAUACUAGAUAAUCUAUUUUACAAUAAUAGUAAAGUAGUAAAUACUAGCUAAGGUUCUUAGAAGUAAUAAUUUCAUAGUCCUGAAAAAUAAGCAUCAAAGGCGAAAUUAAAAUAAAUAUUUUCAUCCUCAUUAAAGGAAUCUUUGAAGGAUAAACAUUAUGAAGAGAAACAAAUAGAGCUCAAGGAGUUUUAUACUAUUUUUGGACUUGCACUUAAUGAUCAGGAUGAGCUUCAAACUUAUAAUUAGUUUCUGAAACAAGAAUCAAUCUUUUUAUUUAAUUGUAGCAUAAUUGCCAAAAGACUUAAAUAAUACAAUCUAGCAUAGAAACUCUUAUAGAAAAUAAACGAUAGGGUUAUUUCGAUUCAAGUUUCUUAUUCACUUUUAAACUUAUAUAAGGAUGAAGCUACUUAAAUAAUUUAAUUGUAUUAAUUUAUAAAUACGAAAUAGAAUUUAAAGUAUCAUGAUGGAUUUCUUAGAGUGCGGGAUCUCUAAAAUAGUAUCAAUCCCUCUUUGGAUUGAGAUUUAUCUGGUUAGAUUAAUAAAAUUAAAAGGAUGUAAUUAUGUUUUAGGAUCGCUAUCUGCUCUAGAAGAUUAUGAUACUUUUUAAUUAAUGAAAAAAAUAGUCUUGCAAACUGAAAACUUACUUUGA